AUGUGUCAGGGUGGAGAGAGUUUUUGCUCUGAUACAUUUUCUGCAACAAUUCGACACAACACUACAAAGAUCCAAGAGUAUUUGGAUCAGCAGAAUAAGAUUCCACUACAUAUUGGCAUCACAGGAGAGUCUGGUUCUGGUAAAUCCACCUUUGUGAAUGCCUUCAGAGGCAUAGACAACAGGGAUGAGAGAGCCGCCCCUACUGGUUCUGUAGAGACCACCUUAGAGGUCACACCUUACCACCAUCCAAACUAUCCCAAUGUUACAUUAUGGGAUCUCCCUGGUAUUGGCACCACCAAAUUUCCUGCUGACAAGUACCUGGAGCAUGUUGAAUUUGAGAAGUUUGACUUCUUCAUCAUCAUCUCUGACACUCGCUUCAGAGAAAAUGAUGUGAGGCUUGCUCAGGAGAUUCGAAAGAUGAGGAAAAACUUCUACUUUGUUCGCUCAAAGAUUGACAACGAUCUACGCAAUGAGGAAAGAAGUCAGAGGGAGUUCAAUGCAGAAAGGACUCUGAAAAAAAUCAGGGAAAACUGCAUUCAAGGUCUUCAAAAACAAGGUGUUGAGGCUCCACAGGUCUUCCUGGUGUCCAGCUUUGAUCUCUACCUGUAUGAUUUCCAUCUGUUAGAGGAGACCUUAGAGAGAGAACUUCCUGCACACAAGAGGAAUGCUCUGCUGUGGGCCAUACCCAGUGUCAACCUAGAGAUCAUCAACAAGAAGAAAAAGGCUUUACAGGCCAACAUAAAUUAUGUUGCAUGUUUGUAUGCGCUCAUAGCAUGUGUACCAGUUCCUGGGCUCUCGUUUGCUAUUGAUCUGACCGGUCUGGCUAAUGUUGUCAGAGAAUACCAAGUUACUUUUGGUCUUGAUAGUGAGUCAUUGCAGAAACUUGCUCUUAGUGCACGUGUGCCUGUGGAUGAUCUUAAAACAGUGAUGACAUCACCACUGGCUGGUAAAGAAAUAACCAAAGAGCUUAUCAUUGAGCUACUGUCUUCUUCUCCAAGUGGAGCUGCAUUAAUGGAAGCAGAAGGAUCCAAAUUCAUUCCAAUAUUUGGAAUCCCAGUAACAAUGGCCCUCUCUUUUACCUCCACCUACAACAGUUUGAAUACUUUCCUCAACAUGCUUGCUGACGAUGCACAGAGAGUAUUUAAGAAGGCCCUGGGUUUGAACACCUCGGUGUGAUAUCAUAUGGUGAAUGGAAAUACGGCAUUUAAUGGCACAUUUAAGAUUGUACAAAAAGUAAGUAAAUUUGCAUGAUACUUGUAAUAAGUGCUGUAAACAAAAUCUAAGUUUUAUAUCCUAGCUGCGCAUUUUCAGUCUAUCAAAUAGCCUCCAUGCAGGUCUAACUUACUCUAAUUAAUACAAACAUUAUUGACAGUCAACUUGUUGCAGCUUAGUACAUUGGAACUUUCAACAUUUCAACAUUUCAAAUAGGGAUUUUUAUCUUAUUUUCCAUAUAUAAAACCGUGUAUACUGCAAAAGAGCCUAUGAAAUAUUUGAUUGCUUUGCUCUUUGAAUUAUUUUUGUGAUGCAUUGUUGUUUUUGUUGUUAGUAACACUGAUGAGAAGAAGAAUAUUAAAAUUUGUAUCAAUACUAAUAUUAAUAAUCAUAUUCAGCAGGCUAUUAACUGUAUCUUUAUGAAUAAUAAACCCUUGUGGCAUGAUGUCGUCUGUGGAUUUGAUGCUGUGAUGAGUUUUCACUUCCUCUCAGUGGCCACAUUGUGGAACUGCAACACAACGUCAAUUAACAGAAGAUACACAGAUAUUAGAGACAAAUCUGUGAUUUGUGAGUUUGGGUUUUAUCAGUGAAAUUGAC